UUUUACAACUUUUACGCAACAAAUCCGGAAUCUACCUUCACCAGUUAUGUAUUCAAAACAUAUCUCUGUAUAAUGGAAUGUUCAAAUACCAGUAGUUGUUGUGUAUAAAGAUGGUGGUAACACAAUUUGCCUGUUCUCAUCUUCGCCGUCAUCUUGGUUGAUUUGACCCGAGGCCGAGAUUUGACUUCAUCCCAUUAUGGAAAAACCACCAAGUUUACUCGCAAUCAUCGUGGUAUUGAUCAGUCUUCUGACAUACUGUUUACACUAUGUAAAAGCUAAUGGAAAAGAUGACGCAAACAAGAACAAUAAUGGUGUUCCAGAGUGGCAUGGAACAGCUUUGAGCAUGGGUAUGGACAUAAAACCAAGUAGACAAGUUACAUUUAUUGAAAAUCCUCGCCCAACUACCAUGGAUGUAUCGGCCAUCUUGAAUUUUGACAAAAAUACGAAAAGCAACUCGGCUCAAGUUGAUUUGAAAGCUAGCCCGUCCAUGAUUGAUUCUGUCCGACAAACUGUCGCAUUCUCACUGAAAGAUAAAGACAAUGUGCUCCCAUCAAGGUUGGCGACGCAGCAAAAUGAGAUGAACGAAAAAGAUUCUGUUUCGAAUGGAGGCAAGGAAAAUGUGAGAAUGACACCUACUCCGAUUUUAAAUCACUCAGUAGUGACAAAAAAAGGAGCUGCAUCUGUGGAAAUAUAUCCAACAACCCAUGUGAACAAUAAACAUGCAAGUAGUAUUUUGUAUUCUGAAAUAAGGAAUGACUUGAACAUUGACUACACUGGAGUCAAACCAUCCACUCUAGUUACUCAGCAUGAACAUCAUCAAUUGCUGUCAUCAACUCAAUUGAAAAAAAAUAAAAUAAGUUUAUCUGAAAUUCACCCUACAAGAAGUAGUGCUCCUGAUAAAGAGUCUGCACCUGCUGUGAAUGCCUUUAAUGAUAACACCAGGAUGCAACUGACAACAAGUCCUGCAGCCAGUCAUUUGUCCUCCCUGAGUGAAGGAAUUCUACCCACACCAAUUGUUGAUAAUAAAUACCAGUCUGCUCCUCAGGGUAAAGAGGACAAGGAGAUGGAAGCUGAAUUUUUUUCCCAGCAACCGGGAUCAGUUCUAGAAAGACAUGAAACUGUAACAACUGGGACUACCAGGACUCAGAUUUUCUCAUCAUCAGUUGACAUGAACAAAAAAGUCUCUCAACCUACAGAAUCACAUAAACAAUCAGUAGAAAGCAAUGUUGCCUCAAAAUAUUUGCCAAUUACAAUUGUUCCAACUCCUACUGUUCCCAAUUGGCCAGAGGAUGACAAAAAUUACAAAGAUGGAGAUGAGAAAACUGUUUACCAAACAAGCUUGUAUCCUGAUAAUGCCAAGAGAACACCAGCAUUGCCAUUGCAAACGGUUACCAGGUUUGAUCUCACCAAGAUGGAGACCAAUGCAGUUGCCAUGACAACAAGUGCAUCUCCAACAGUGAAUAAUGAGGUCAAACCAGGGACUCGCCCUUCUGCUAAACCUGGGAAAAUAGGUCGUUCAAGUCACCUUUUGAGUCCAUUUCCUACAAUGCAGAGCAAUGCUCCAAUAAGCCAGUCAUCACUCGACCAUGUUGCAAAAGGAAGUAAUCGCCCCAGUCAUGUGACAUUAAUCCACCAAUCAACUCGCACUGUUACUGACCAAGCACCUCAUCCUUCAGAAGUUUCCAACAAAAAAAGUAAAGUGUUGUAUCUAAGUAAAGGAUACAGUCUACGACCCAUGGCAACACAGCCCAUGGCAACGCAGCCCAUGGCAACUAAGAGCCAUUUUAUACCUCCCACUUCAGCUUCUCCAACCAUUAAUCUCCCAGUGGGUAAAUCAAUUGCAACAAAAGUACCCGACAAAAUAAAGCACCCAACAACAACAAUUUCAUCCAAAGCAACUAUUAAGCCUUCAAUAUUUCCUUCAGUGGCUUAUCCAACUUAUCCAGAAAUCUAUAUAAAAAUUACCAUGAUGUUGUCUUGGUCAGAGUUUUGUCCACGUAGACAAGAAUUUAUCUCAAACCUGGUGAAAAUCGCUGAGCAGGUAUCAGCCAUCCAGACAAAAUUCAGCGUGGUUCUCUUGAACGAUUAUAAGUUUUGUGAUAAGGACAUGGUGAAUAUGAAGAGAAAGUCGGAGGUCAGCGUCGAUCUCUAUUAUGCUGUUAAAAUGAAAUAUAACAAGAAACUGACAAUCAAAUCAGGAUUCACUAUGGAGAGUAAUCUACACUACUUUGGCAACUUUGAAAAAAGUAUACACUAUAUAUCAAUUAGUGGUGUAGAUGUACAAGAACCAACCCAGUCAAUGGUUGGGCAGAGUGCACCAUAUUUUGUGGGAUGGACCAUUGGAAUUUGUAUUAGUACUGCAGUGUUUCUCUUUUGUAUAAUAUCAGGCACAUAUAAGAUUCGAAAAAUUCGACUUAGAAGGAUGCAGAUGGCUUCAAUGUAUGCCAGUGCUGGUGAGAGUGUAUUGACCAAUAAUAUGUCUAAUGAGGACACUGUGCAGCUGACUCCAAUCACUAUGCAAAAUAAUGGAGAGACGAAGAAGAUAAAGAAAAAAUCAAGGAAUUCCUUGUUGGCUGCUAUCAAUCAUGCCAUGGAAUUGGAUGAACCAUCCCAGCAGGUACUUCCCUCACACUCUCUAAGCAGCGAAAGUUUAUCAAAGUUUUAUACCUAUACAGAAGCCAUUGAGGAAGAGUUUCAGAGUCUUCCAGAUCCUGUUGCAAAAACAAGUGAGAUGCCAUCAGGAGUUGAGAAAAAGAAUCGUUACAGCAAUGUUAUACCCCCAGCAAAGAGCAGAGUUCAGUUGACGACUAGAAUUGGUGAGACCAACUCUGAGUAUAUUAAUGCGAACUUUGUCAAGGGUUACAAUGGCCAACGAAAAGCAUACAUAGCAACACAGGCUCCUUUAGAGAAUACGUUGGAGAACUUCUGGCGGUUGGUAUGGGAACAACAGUCUAGGGUCAUAAUAAUGUUAACAGACAUACAGGAAAACGGCAUUAAAAAGUGUUACCAGUAUUGGCCAACUCAAAAAGAAGGUUUGUUGUCCUCUCAUCUCUAUGGCGAUUAUCUGAUCUCAGUUGAGGAAAUACAAAAGAAGGAAUACUGUACGGUGAGCACAUUGCUGAUGAAGGACAUUGAGAAAAAUUUGUGUCGUAGGCUGACUCAUCACUGGUUCACGGCAUGGCCAUAUGACAACGUUCCUGACCAACCUGUAUCUGUUGUGUCUUUUUUGCUGGAUACCAGACAAUACAUCCAUGAACAUCAUGGCCCUGUUAUUGUACAUUGCAGUGCGGGUACUGGACGUACAGGCACUGUGAUUGCUGUGGAUAUUGGUAUGAGAGGUCUGGAAGACACACUGACUGUCAACGUACCCAAUACGGUGUGUCUGAUAAGACAAGACAGAUCACACGCCGUACAAACAAAGGAACAAUACAAUUACAUUUACCAGGCACUGCAAUAUUACGCGGAGAGACUGAGACAUCAUCAACAGACAUACUUGUAUGACAGCGAUGAGAUAGAUGAAGAUUUGUCUGUGUCCCCGCUAGAUGACAAAAACCCGCUCUGGGUUUGAAGAUAGAUGAUAGGCUUGGUUUUGAUGCUGUUUCAUAUCACAUUGCCCUAAAGGACAAUGGUUAUCUUGCCACAUACUUUCUAUAUGGAAC